AUGAAGUGGUGGACUUUGACCUUAUUAGCGUCAGCCCUGGCCAACUCGGCAAUCGACACAGUCGACAUGAAGAUCCAGAAUCGCGUCUUUGACAUCAUCGAGCAGUACAAUGAUCUCGAGGGUGCUGACGUCCAGUUUGAAGAGUGGAUUUCGCCCGAAAACGAGGUGUACAUCGUUCCAAAAAUCAGCACUGGCUUGGAGACAACCUAUGGAUACGGGUACCAGUACUUUGACAACUCCGACGACCAGGUCAACACUUUCUCAGAGGAGUCCAGUCCUGAAACCUCCUUGAUCAAGGAGCAGGAUAUUUCUGCCUUGGGAUUCCCUAAUUUGUGGCACAAAAUUGCAGAUCUUCUUCAUGAUGACUGUGAGGAAGAGCCAGUGGAGGAAGAGCCAGAUAUUGACAGUCAAUUCCCUUAUGGGGCCAGAAAGUUCCUGCUGAUCGGGGUCAAGAAGAAGUCAGUUGAGCUGGGCUCAGACGACCAAGCUAUGGCAGAAGACGCAGAUCUGGAGCUGCUCCAAGAAGAUGCGGAGGUUGAGCAGUACGUUGCAGAACACGAAGAAGUUUCUGCAGACUGGCUUCCAUGGAAAAAGAAGAAGGAGGACGAUUGUGGAGAGGAGGAAGAAGAGACCAAGAAACCUUUUGGAGCAGACAAGUUCCUAUUUAUCGGAAUUGGAUCUGUUGACAACUCGACUGCCCCUGUCAGACCUGCCUCCGACGCAGACCUGUCUCCACUGGCUCCGCUUUCGUACGCUUCAACAGCCAAGGCUGUUGCCAUGAACGAGGCUGCCGAUCAACUACCGGCCAGUGAGUCAACAACUCUGCAAACGAGCUUCCAAAACACAGCCACUCACACAGCAAACAGCUCUUUUUCCGAGGCCGAGAACGUUUACAUCAGCGUGGACGAGCUAUUCCACCAGUUCCAAAACAAGAGCAACAUCCAGAUUAGUAACGAGGCCACACGUGCCGCAGGCCACACCUUGUCGCUUCUGGGAGCACUGGUUCUUAUUGGUUCUUCUGUUUUAUUGUUUUAG